AUGGGUGGUAAGAACCGGAGACGUGGAAAGAACGAGAACGAUGGUGACAAGCGCGAGCUGGUCUUCCGGGAGGACGGCCAGGAAUAUGCUCAAGUAAUAAAGAUGUUGGGCAAUGGGCGGCUGGAGGCGCAAUGUUUCGAUGGCGAGAAGAGACUGGCUCAUAUCCGUGGCAAGAUGAGGAAGAAGGUCUGGAUCAAUCAGGGCGACAUUAUCCUUCUGUCCCUCCGAGAGUUCCAGGAUGACAAGGCGGAUGUCAUCGUGAAGUAUACUGCCGACGAGGCACGGAGUUUGAAAGCAUACGGCGAGCUCCCCGAGAAUGCCAAGAUCAACGAAACAGAGACAUUCGGCGACGAGGAGGGCGAGUGUACCUUCGAGUUCGGCGACGAGGACGAGGUUGAUAUCGACGACAUCUGA